UUUCGUUUCCUUUUAAUUUGUGUUUAGAUUUUGUAUUGAAGUAUAAUCUAGUCAAUAUCAAGAUUCAUCCGAGAUUAUCGUAUUGUUGAAGAUGCGAUCAGACUUCAGUUGGAUGAUUCCAGUGGAAGUGAUGCUGGGUGCUCUGGACCAUGAAGAAGUCCAUUCAUGCAGCAUUUCAAAGGUUCCACCAAUGCUUCGAGCCCCCAACGAGGAGGCUUACAAGCCAAAGCUGGUGUCCUUAGGACCCUGGCACAAGGGAGCAACACGCCAGCUUCUCCUAAUGGAAGAAGCAAAACUCCGCUACAUGCGCGACUUUCUUGAAAGAAGAGAAACUGGAACGGAUACAAGAACAUCAGAACUCAGGCUUCGGGAUUGCGCCGUUGACAUGAUCAGUAUGGACAAAGCGAUUACUGCCUGCUACAGCGGCGACACAGAGAUGGAUUCCCAUGAGCUCUCCAGGAUAAUGAUUGUCGACGGUUGCUUCUUGUUGGAGCUUCUCAUAAGACUUGGUUAUUACAUGUCGAAGAAGAACAGCAAUGAUGAUGAUGAUGAUAGCUAUUUGGGUGAUCCUCUCUUUGAAACAGAGGAGAAGGUAAGAUCUGUUCUCAACGACAUCGUGAUGGUCGAGAACCAAAUACCCUUGAUCGUUCUAAAGAAGUUGUACUACAAUGUCUUCCCUGAUGAAGACAUUGAAGUCAAAGAUGACCACCGCGUUGCCAACAUCGUGUUCGGUGCUUUCGGUUACACUCCGGUAAGAAUCUCUUCAGGUGCCGCUCACAUACUCCACCUCAUUCAUCUGGCCACGGUUGAAGAACGUGACCAGUUAGAGAAGAAGAGAGGGGUAAAAGCGUCUCAAGAGCUAAAGCGAUGCGCUACUAAGCUCCGGGCUUCCGGAAUAACCAUUCGAACCGCCGCAAAUAGCAAAGGCAACGGUAAAGUUCCGGAUCUAUUUGAAGAUAUUUUUGACUUCGACAUAAGAUUUAACGAAAAAGAUAAGGUGCUGGAAAUUCCGGCUCUUCGUAUCAAGGAAACGACGGAAGUGAGGUGGAGGAAUUUGGUUGCUUGGGAGCAGAGCAGGAUUUGGGUGAAAAGGAAGUACACUUCGUAUGCUUUUUUCUUCAAAGGUUUGAUAUGUUGCAAGCACGACAUUGAACUGCUUGAGAAGAAGGGAGUGAUAGUGAACGAUAGCAAGAAGAAAAAAGAAGAAUUGCUAAGUAUGUUUCGGAAAAUCUGCAAGGGUUCUGAACACAUGGAUCCAGGUUAUGGCGGAAUUUGUGAGUGCUUGAACCAGUAUGAGGCGGAAUCUAGGAACGCGUUUCGUGGAUUGGGUAUAAGGAGUUGGCACAGGUGCAGGAAGGUUUUUGAAAUUCUUAUGUACUAUGCGUGGAAUUGGUAUGAUGCUUUGAUCCGUGAUCAUAUCCCUACAGUGUGGAAAUUCAUAGGAGUUGUGGCAGCUAUUGUUCUGCUUGUUCUUACCAUCAUGCAGACAUAUUAUUCAGCUCGUUCUAAUGGCUAGUCAACUAGGAAUCUCUCUAUUUUUACAUUGGAAUUUAUGCACCAUUUAUUAUUAUUUUUUUUCUUUUCCUAGUUUGAUAACCAUAAUGGAAGCCUCUAUGUGCUUUCAAGUUUGAUAGUUUAAACUUUGAAUCCAUGAAAGUUUUUGUUGGCCAAUUAAUAUUUGAUAUUUUGAUUUUUAUUGUUUUUUUAGUAUGUGAAGUAACAAUUUUGCUAGGUAGACAACGGAUAUUGUGAACAACGUGAAAUUUAGACUACAAUCCUGACACAUCAAAGGUAAAAGAAAAACAAACCUCCAUUUCCAAUUACCCUACCAAAAACCCUAUUUUCACAUUUCAACUUUUAACUAUCCCUUUUAACUCUAUUGACCGUUGCACCUCUAUUCUCCCAAAUCUCCAAUUGGCGCCACUCCUUCCCUCACCAGCCACACUUAUUGGCGCUACUCCAUCCCUCAUCACUCAGCCUCAGUGUCAGGCUGUCAGCGCUUCUUCUCUCACCAGCCCAAUUAUCGGCGUCGCCCACUCCCUCACCAUCAACACUCAUCGCUGUCGAGAUCUUCUUCCUCAUCUCCUUUUUCCCGCCUACGCUGCUGCACUCUUGUUCGAGUUGCACCGCCGCCUUCUACAGGUAGAACAGACCAAGCAGUAGCAGUAGAACCAAGCAAGCCGCAAUUUAAAAGCCGUUGUACACCGCUAUCACCGCUAACUUCAGCAACAUCAUUUUUUACUACAAGAAGAUCGUAAAUGCACCUGAUUUGUGCUACUGAAUAGAAUAUCCAAAUGGAAAAAAUGUAAUACGUAGUUUACUGUUGUUGGCUUCGACUUCAACAUGAAUGUACUUGUUUCUCACAGCUACCUUCUAUUUUGGUAGAAACUAGUAGGGAAGCGUUGUUCACCUUACUAUAUGAACGGUAUGAUCAGCCACGUGGAAAAAAAAUAAUGCCGAAUUGAAGCCGAAGGAGAUCGAAGAUAUUGGAUUCAGAUUCCUAAAAGCAAAUCCAGCACUAACCUGUAAAACAGGGCAUCAUGGUUCAGCUAACAAGGGUCUGCGAUGUAGGAACAAGCACAUUGAGAGUAUAUGUCAGUAACAUUCGCAUUAACGCCGAGUUGAUUGGGGGGUUUAGGGAUUCUUUCUGGUGGUGAGUUUGUCUUUCAUAUUAAGCAUCCUUUGUUGUGUCAAGUCAUUCGAUUUCAGUAUUUAGUAAUUUUAUGUACUUUAAUGUUUCAAAAAUGCAAGCGACGACUUCGCCACACUCGACAAAAAGAAUGCUACCCAUGUGGCAAUUGAAACACAAUUCCAAAAAAGAACGACCAUCAAACUGCAUGAUUUCGUCUACAGCUGCUUUAUAGAAACUGAAGCAGACAAGAUGGAGUUCAGACGGCACUUCAUCUUAGUAGUGCUAAAGAUGUUCCUGUGCCUAACAAGUCAACAAACAAUAUCGCCGUGGCACAUGUCCCCUAUUUAGAUGUCUCGGACCUAAGUAGGUUCAAUUAGCUGUUGAAGACUUUCAAAUGGUUGGAAGCGACGCUCCAAAAAUAUAAAAUUAAAAAGCACGAAACCU